CAACACGACAGAGGGAAAACGUCCCUCCGACAUCAUACCAAAUUUACAUCUGAGGAUUUCCAUCGCGAUCGCGCAUCGAAUAUAACGUCGGGAGCCCUUUCGCUUAAUUAUUUCUUCAGCCGCAUUGCGCGAACUCGCCCAUCAUGCGCCCGCAGCCGAUUUUAUUCGCCGUAGCCGCACUGCUGGCUUCCCACGUCAUCGCUCAAGACACGGCAACCAGCACUGAUGAUGCGACAUCGACGGCAGAUACCGCGACGAGCACUGCAACUGACACAGCUGCUACGACGACCGCAGACGCGACGACGACUGCGGACACCAGCACCAAUACAGACACUUCCACCGCGGAGUCAACAACCACUGAUCAGACAUCGACUGACCAAACAACCACAUCCGCUGCUAGCACAACGACGGAUGCGUCAUCAACGACGACCGACAGUGACAGUCUUCCGUCCAUCACCUCCUCGACUUCAUCCACUUACAGUUAUCCGGCCCCUACUGUACCUCCGACGAACAAUGCCCCGUUCAUGCAGCCAACAACUAUGCCAGAAGGCACCGUGUUCAUUGCUGUCGGGGCCAUCUUGGGUGCUUUCGGAGCCGCAGUCUUGAUAUGGCGUGGUGUCGUCGCCUGGCUCCUGCAUCGCAAUGUUAAGAGGGCGGCGUUAGCGCAGCAAGUUGCUAAUGACAAAGCGACCUUCCAGCCGCCUCCAGCUCCCUUCUAUAAGUACACUGAUCAAGCAUCGUCGGCCUCGCUCGGUGGUUCUAUACCAGGCCGAGGAGUGCGGAGAACAACGCGAGGACCUAUCCCUUCAGCUACCCCCAGCCAGUCUAAUCUCUUCUUUUCUCCCACUGCUCCCACGGCAUCCGGCAACGGCAAUCGUGAAUCUCGUUUCCUGCCCUCCGGUUUCUAUGCCGCCGGGGCUGGAUCACCACAGCAAGGUCAUGGUCAUUCUAUCAGCCUGACAAACCUUCGACCGGAUUCGCGUGGCCAUGGACGCCCUCUCGGACACACCCCACCCGAGUCCCCUGGCCUAGCACCCCGUCAAGAUAUGGCGCGGCGGAACAUGAGUACAAGCUCAUUGAAUCUUAACCGGCCACCCAGUGGACGAGCCCCCAGUGCCUUUUUGGAGGACUUGCUAGACGACCCUCAAAACCAAUUCCCACCGCCCGGUCACCCGAACACCUGGAGUCAAGCUCAACCCCGGCAUUAGUUGUCCGGCGAGAGUUCUUUUUCUUCCACGGAGUCUGGCUAUGGAGGUCU